CUCUAAGCUCGGCCGAAGACAUGCCACCCCCAGCCACCCAGGCCCAAGCCAGAUGUGAAGCUCAAGUCCACCUGCUGGGUGAGGGGAGGAUGUGUAAACUCCCCGGAAGACUCCGUGAGUAGAGGGAAGAGCAGUUGAUUUUUUACAGCAUUUUAAUGUGAGGCAUAAACUCUUCUUAUCUAAGGAAUUACUUUCCCUCCAGUUUGCUAUUUCCUUGUUGGGUUUCCUUUAACUUUCCCUUCGCAAGGGAGUCAGAGAAGGUAAACAUGCAGAGAAAUCAUACAGCUGACAUGGCCAAGCAUGAGGGGCGGGUGGGCUCCUCAUUGGUAAGGUGAGAGUUGGAAUUGGAUGAGCUAUUGGGUGCCUUCCACCCUGAAGACCAAGAGUUGGGGACAUUAGCCAGAAUAGACCAAACAGCGAACAGUUGUAUAUGUGUAGAGCCCCCUCUUUUAAAUAAUUAUAUUUGAUUAAAAAUUAUAUUUAAUUUUUAUGGUUACAAAAGUAGCAUAUACUUAUUGUCAAAAAAUUGGGAAAUGACAGAGAAGCAUAAGAAGAAGCUGUAGCACAGCCAAAUCCACCCAUAAGACAUGUAUUGGCCAUAUCCUUUCGUUUCAUUUUUCUAAGUAGUGCUCUUGCCUGAGGAAACACAUAACCAUGGAGCAGGCUGUAGACACAAGCCCAGGUGCCUGGCUGUAGAGCCCGACACUCUUAUGACGAGAAGCACAUUUCUAGAGCAGGAUGUGUUAGUUCUAAUGGUGCGUAACAAAUCAUUCCAAAAUUUAGUGGUUUAAACCAACGGCAGUGAUUUAUUAUCUGGCAGGGUUUCUUUGGGGCAGAAAUUUGGGAGUGGGCUGCCCAGGCAGUUCUGGCUGGAAGCCCCUCAUGAGGUUGCAGUCCAUGUUGGCUGGUCCGGUAGACAUCUGAAGGCUUGACAGGGACUGCAGGGUCCACUUCCAACGUAGCUCACUCACAUGGCUGGCAAGGUGGUAUUGGCUGCUGGCAGGAGGCGCCUGUACCCAUCAUCUUAGAUUCCAUGACUCAUACUUAUUGAAACUUCUGAGAACAUUCAGACAACACAGCUCUGAUCCUUAGCACUUACCUAACAAUCUUAAGAGAUAGGGUGCACUAAAUGACUCAUUUUCCUGUCAACAACAUCCCAAAUAGGCAAACUGCUGACAUCAAAUCUGUACAAGAAUCCACAUGUUCUAUAAUGUGAUGCCAAGUUAGAGAAUGCUUAAAACUUGAAAAUUAAGAAGUAGCUACAAUAACCUAGGUGAAAUGAACAAAUUCCUAGAAACACAUAACUGGGGACAUCAGCUCUCUGUUUUUCACAUUCGUAGGCAUCUCUCUGCCAUUCAUUCCCAGUCACACACCCCUCUCCCUCCUCCACCUCCAGCUUCCAUUCUAAUAGUCAGGGCUGGUUUGACAAAACAAGUCUCGCUUAGCUUUGUGAGUCAGAGCUAAGUGGAACACACAUGUGAUUUUCCUGUAGUGCUCACUUUUCAGUGUUUGCUUGUCCAGCCAUGAUGUGUACUAGAGCUGCGGAAAGUCCACUCUGAGGAUGAUUGUAAUUCUAGGGUUGCGGCAAGUGACAGGACUGGCCUGAGAUGGAGGGGUGGGAUCUACAGGGGCUCUGGCAGAGGGUCCCCCGACUCACAACAGGAAAUUCACAACUGUGCUCUGUGAAAAAAUGACAGUGAAAGAGGGUUUGCCCCCACCCCAUGGUCUGUGUCCCUCAGGGUCUUCCUGGAGCUGCGGUGAGUCAGGAGCUAUGAAAGGACACAGCUGCAAGGUUAGGACAGCAGCUACUGGUGCUGGGAGACCAGUUGCAGGACCCAGGGUGAAGUCACAGGGAGUGAGUCUGGGGGGAGGGGAUGCAUCCUCAAGGGAUGACUUGGGAGAACUUUGAGACAGGAGGUUGUUUAGAGAUUGCCACCACCAUGGCCUCAUUCAGUGACAGAAACUUAGGCUCCAUGAGGGCAAGAGAGUCAACUGUGAUUGAUGCUAAUGGCCAGACUGGGCCUCAAACCAGGACUCUUAAUUCUCCAUCCUGGGUCUCUCUUCAUUUUCCUGGAACUUAUCCCUCCUGGGUGGUGCAAAUGGUUAACACACUCAGCUGCUAACCGAAAGGCUGGAGGUUCAAGUCCACCCAGAGGCACUUCAGAAGAAAGACCUGGAGAUCUAGAGAAAAACAGCCGUUGAAAAGCCUGUGGAGCACAGUUCUACCCUGACACACAUGGAUAGGGCUGCCGUGAGUCUGAGUUGAUUGGACAGCACCUGGAGGUAGUGGUGGAUUAUUGAUUCCUCAUAGAAAAGCUCUGUGAACUUCCGACUGUUAGAUAUAGAGAGCUGAGGUGGCUUUGGGUUUUGAAAUUGACUUUCAGAGCUCCUGGUUGUGAAUAAGCCACAGGAGAUAUACAGUGCCACCUCUUGUGUCCAGAUGUCACAGGUGGAGGGAUGGCACCUCUCUGCAAUUCUCUGGAAAUAUAAAAACAAGGGGAAAGGGCCUUUGGGAAGCUUGAACAGAAUUUACCUGCCCCUGCUCAAGUUCACAUAUUUUAGAGAGUCUCUGGGAAUUUAUUAAUAGAUACAAUUUUUACAAGUGUGGCUUCUGCCCACUUCUUUAGGCAUUUUAUGUUUACGGAGCAUGCUCCAGGUGCCUGGGAGACAACAGACACAGGCAUCCAGCCCGCGCUCUGGAGCAGGGAGGACGUGCUGCACUGGCUGCGCUGGGCGGAGCAGGAGUACUCUUUGCCGGGCACCGGUGAGCACGGGUUCCAGAUGAAUGGCCGCGCCCUCUGCAUCCUCACCAAGGAGGACUUCCGGCACCGCGCGCCCUCUUCAGGUGACGUCUUGUACGAGCUGCUCCAGUACAUCAAGACCCAGCGGCGAGCCCUGGUGUGCGGACCCUUUUUUGGAGCGAUCUUCAGGCAGAAGAUGCCCACACAGCAGCCUCCUAGCCUCCUGGAAGGGGGGACCAGGGCCUCUCAGGCGGCCUCCCGGAGGGGCCUCCUACAGCAGCCACCAGACCUGGGGGUUGCCAGCUCCUUGAGCCACUUGGAUGUCCCCAGCCUGGCCAGGUGGCCCCUUGGCAGGGAGGAGUCCUUCACCUUAUCUCGCUGUGCAGAGCUUGGCUGCAGGCCUGACGGAGUCUGCUCCUGCCCUGCCAUGCCACCAGCUCCCAUUGACGGCAGGAUAGCUGACUGCCGGCUGCUGUGGGAUUACGUGUACCAGCUCCUAUCUGACACCAGGUACGAACCCUACAUCAAGUGGGAAGACAAAGAUGCCAAGAUAUUUCGUGUUGUGGAUCCAAAUGGACUUGCCAGACUCUGGGGAAAUCACAAGAAUCGGAUGAACAUGACUUAUGAGAAAAUGUCACGUGCCCUGCGCCACUACUACAAGCUGAACAUCAUUAAGAAGGAACCUGGGCAGAAACUUCUCUUCAGAUUUCUGAAGACACCAGGGAAGAUGGCCCAGGACAAGGGUAGCUGUCUGGAGCAGCCGGAGAGCCAGGAGCAGGACAGGAUGGAUUUCAAGGAUGAGAUGCUGCAAGUCUCUUCAUGAGGGGCGGGUGGACUCCUCCAGGUGCCUGGCACUAACAUGGCAGAAACUGAGUCUCCCAUGAAGGCAGCCACGUGGCAGCCUCUUCUCUCUCGCCGGGGCAGCAGGAAUCCCCAGCUGUAUUUUGUACUCAUGGUAUCAUAGUUGUAGUCUCAGGGGCUCAAAGCUGCCUGGGGACCCAGGAGGACUGAGAGCUGGAGAGGUCCUCACCUCCAGGACAGUGGGUGGCGUCGUCCUUUGGGUAGGGCAGUCCUGGGGCUAAACAGGGUACCCGUCCAGCUUGGGAGAGGGAACCAGAUGCUGAAAGAACAUCCAGCCAAUCCCUUGAGUUUUCUCUGAAGGAAGUGAGGUCCCUCACCAAGCCUCAACUUUCCUCUUCUGUGAAAGGGUCAUGCUCGUAAACACCCACGCUGAGGAGGCUGAUUCAUGCAAGUACAUAGUACAUAAUAAUGGUAGUUGACAUUUCUUAAGGGCUUACUAUGUGCCAGGCAUUGUGCUAAGGGCCCUACAUACAUUUUAUUUCCUUUAAUUUACACACCUACCCUCUGAGGUUUAAAGAUGGGGAAACUGAGGCAUAGGCACUUUGAAUGUGCAGAGCUGGGAUGCCUCUCCAGAACUGAGUUUUCUUUUAUAGCCUCUGAGUGUAUCUGGGGACUUCCCAAACAGAGGCCAUGGUCCUACCUCUCUGUCCCUGCGGUCUAUCGUUUGACCUGGCCUAGCCACCUUGCCCUCAGUUUUCAGUCCUUUUAUGACUGUGUGACUAUGACCCUAUGAAGAUCAGGACCCCAUCCUCCUCCCCCUUGGCUUCCUUGCACCUCCUGUCUCUACACAGAUGUUUCAGGAAGCCCCGCAUGACUGGAUUCUUGGUUAAAUGUCUCUGUUUUCACGGUUUGUGACUGUGUAACAAGUGGUUCUCAGGACCAGCAGCAUCAGCAUCACCUGGGAAGUCAUUCCAAAUGCAACAUUUUGGCCCCAGCCCAGACCUGAUAAAACAGAAACUCUGGGACGGGGCAAUCUGAGGUUCAAGGAGCUGUCCAGGGGAUUCUGAUGCUUGCUCAAGUUUGAGAGCCAUGGGUAUAGACACCACCUCACAUGUACUUAAGGCCACAGCCCCUCCUCACCCCCCUCACAUCUGUGUGUCCACUCAGUGGGGGAGGGAAACUGACAGGGAGAGCAAAGGAAGAUAAUCAGGGCAGGUUAACUAGCAAUCUUUGAUGUGGUGAAAACAGGUGAAAUUGUGCACUACAGAUCAGUAAGUAAGCACAAGUAAACCCAUGUAUACCUUGCUUAUUGGGUAAUCCAUCCCUGGAAUAAGGAUGGAGCAUGAUAAGGGGGGCAUUAUCAGAAAAUGGCUCAGGAAAACCUCAGGGCAAGAUGAGAGGAACAGAGAAGCAGCCGACAUAGCCUCCAGUGGCUCAGCAGGGCCUCCAGUCCCACUUCCUGCCCUGGCGGGUGAUAUAUAUCUUUCACUGUGCUGGGCACUGUGCUACAGAUUUUCCUCGUCCUUUCUCCAGACAACCAUGUUAGGUAAGUGUUGCCACUCCCAUUCCACAGGUGAGAAUACAGAGGCUUGAAGAAGAUUCCAGAACUUGCCCACAGUCACACAAUCGUAAAUAACAGGCUGGGAUUCCAGCUUAGGCCUGUCUCACUGUAGACCCUAAGGCACAGAAAUUCCCCAAUAUCACAGGCUUUUCUAAGGCAUCUUGCUGUUGGAACUAGAGAACUCACCGCUCUCAGGGCUAAGGACACUGGAAACCCUGCGGCAUCCCCAAGCAGCCUGAAGGCAGGCUCCUGCAUAUAGUUGUGGGGUCUGUGCACUGCACAGAGGGUGAGAGGAAUGGAAAAUCCAGCCAGGUCAGGUUCUCCAAGCUGGAAGCUCUGGUCCACCCAGAGUGAGUGCCUUUUCUAAUUUGUGAAGGCACCACUUUCGAUAACAGUGGCUUCUCCUUGGUGAAUGAAUCCCCACAGCGUUGACCACGCCACCUUUCCCUUUGUAUGCAGGAAGUAGCCCCAGCUGAAUUGAGAGAUAUCUGUGCUUCCCCCACCCAAAUGGCUCAGCCUCUGAGGGUUUACCCUGGGUGGGGGUGGGGAAAGAAAAAUGAAGAAAAAGAUAACUGAGUAGAUAGAAAAAAUGGAUGAGGAAAAAGGAGAAAAUUUAGGACAAGAAGGGAAAGGAGGUGUAGGGGGGGAGGAGAAGCCAGAUGACAAGGAGUUCUUAAAGUGUUGAGGGGAAAGGUGUAUGCGUAUCUCAGGCUGGGUUACCUACAGAAGCAAAACCAGUGAAGCAUGUAUAACAUCUGGAAACUGGUGGCGUACUGAUCAAGAGUUAUGGCACUAACCAAAAGGUUGGCAGUUCAAAUCCACCAAGUCCUCCUUGGAAACCCUAUGGGGCAGUUCUACUCCGUUCUAUGGGGUCGCUGUGAGUCAAAAUUGACAUGACAGCAACAGGUUUUACAUCUAUAUCUCUAUGGAGCUCUCGUGGCGAAGUGGUUAAGAGCUACGGCUGCUAACCAAAAGGUCAGCAGUUUGAAUCCACCAUCUGCUCCUUGGAAACCCUACGGGGCAGUUCUACUCUUGUCUGUAGGGUUGCCAUGAGGAGGAAUCAACUUGACAGCAAUGGGUUUUUCUAUCAAUCUGUUUCUCUGUCUCUACCUACCAACAUUUAUUUUCAAGGAAAUGGCUCACACAGUUGUGAAGGCUGGUAAGACCUAAAUCCAUGAGUCAGACAUCAGGUUUGAGGCUUCUCCUGACUCAUGUGGUUGCAGGGACUAAUGAACCCAAAAUCAGCAGGUCAGAGAGCAGUCUGCUGGCUCACAUUCCAAGAACCAGAGGUCAGAGGAUGAUGAGUUGGAUGUUGGCUCAAGAAAGAGCGAGUUUUCCCAGAACAUCCAUGUAUAUACGAUGCAAGCCACACCCCCAAGGAAACGCCCCUUUCAACUGAUUGGCUGCUCAUAUCAGAUCACAAAAUGGAGGAUGAUUACAUAGUAUCUGCCAAACCACUGAGAAUCAUGGCCUAGCCAAGUUGACACAUAACCUUAACCAUCACAGUCCACGCCUUGUCAACUGGCACCUUGUCAACUGGCAUCUCCUUAAAAUGUACAUAAUCUCUAAAUGAAGACAAUUAUAAAGUCAUACUUGCAACUAAACAUGAUAUAAUCAGCAUGCAUACAACCAAAAAUGCACUAACCCUGUUUACAUCUUAUAUUUUAUAAGUAAUGGAAUAAGGGUGGAAAGAAAGAUGUUUGCAAUACAUACAUAUAUACGUACAUACAUAUACACACACAUACAUGUGUAACAAAACAAGGAAGAAAUACUAAAAAUUACAGUCCUCAUUUCUGCAACUGGUCACGUGGUCCUUGCUGGUAUUUAGAACUACCUUCUUCUACCACCCAUUCUGUAUUCCCUUUGCCCUCAGCAAACACCUCAUCUGGUUGUGGUUCUUUGCCUGGUGGGGUGACCCAAACCUUCAUUUCUGAAGGGUCUGGGCCAUUAGUAGUCAUGUUGGAAUUGGGUUGCUGUAGUUUUCCACUGACUAAUCGCAGGACGUGGUGGCACUGAGAAACAUCCUAAGGGAUCUCCUGCAUUCUAGACAAAAUCUUCUUUACCUCAGUUAUGUAAUGUCAAUUCAAUUUCCUUUGGUAAUCAGGAACAGUCCCACUAGCCAAUACAGUAACUCCUUUCUUUGCCUAUUGUGAUCCAAAGGCAUGUUUCUCAAAAGCAGAAUAAUUAUCUGCAGAGGAUGGCAGAGCUUUGCUCCAAAAUCCUUAGGAUCUGCACUAAGAUUCACCAGUGGAGGCCUGCCAAAGAGUCCAAACGUCAUCUCUAUCUGCCACUGAGACUUCAAGAAUGAGCCGGGUCAUAUGGCUCAAGUGGCAGAGCGGCUUGCAUGGCAGCCUAACCUGCUGCAGAGCCUUCUCUUGUUUUGGGCCUGUUUUUAGUUGUAGGAGGACCCAGCAAGAUGUAACAACUUAUCCUUUGCUUUAGAAGGAAUAUUUCAACAUGCCCCACAUCACUGGACCCCUAGAAAUUUCUCUGAGGUAGAAGGUGCCUGAAUUUUUGUCAGAUUAAUUUCCUACCCUCUAACAUGUAAAAGUAUUACCAAUAAGUCUAGAGUCACUAACACUUCUUCCUUACUAGGUCCAAUCAGCAUAAUGUCAUCAAUGUAAUGGUCCAAUGUGAUGUCUUGUGGAAAGGUAGGGUGAGCAAGUUCUCUUUGGACUAAAUUAUGACAUACCAAACCAAAAACCAAACCCAGUGCCAUCAAGUUGAUUCUCACUCAUAGCGACCCUAUAGGACAGAGUAGAACUGCCCCAUAGAGUUUCCAAGGAGCGCCUGGGAGAUUCGAACUGCUGACCCUUUGGUUAGCAGCCGUAGCACUUAACCACUACGCCACCAGGGUUUCCAAAUUAUGACAUAGGGUUGAAAAACUGAUAUACCUUCGAGGUAGGACAGUGCAGGUGUAUUGCUGGCCUUGCCAGCUGAAGGCAAACUGCUUCGGGUGUUCCUUCAAAACUGGAAUCAAGAAAAAGGUAUUGGCCAGUUUAAUAUCUGUAUACCAGGUACCAGGAGAUGUAUUAAUUAGCUCAAACAAUAAAACCACAUCUUGAAUGGCAGCUACAAUUUGAGUCACCACCUGGUUAAGUUUAUAAUAAUUCACUGUCAUUCUGCAAGAUCCAUCUGUUUUUUGCACAGGCCAAAUAGAUGUGUUGAAUGGGAAUGUGAUGGGAAUCACUACCCCUGCAUCCUCCGAGUCCUGAUGGUGGCAGUAAUCUCUGCAAUCCCUCCAUGAAUGAGACAUUGUUUUUGGUUUACUAUUUGCCCAGGUAGGAGCAGUUUUAAUGGAUCCCACUUGGCUUUUCCUACCAUAAUAACCCUUAUUCCACAUGCCAAGUACCCAAUGUGGGGGUUCUGCUAGUGGCUGAAUAUGUCUAUUCCAAUUACACAUUCUGGAAGUGGGGAAAUCACUACAGAAUGGAUUUAGGGACCCAGUGGACCCACUGUGAGAUGGGCCUGAGCUAAGACUUCACUAAUACCCUGACCUCCAUACAUCCCUACUCUGACUGUUGGGCCACAGUGACAUUUUGUGUCUCCUUGAUUAAAUGUCAGUUCAGAGCCAGUGUCCAGAAAUCCCCCAAAAGUCUGAUUAUUUCCUUUUCCCCAGUAAACAGUCACUUUCAUAAAAGGCUGUAGAUCCCUUUGGGGAAAGGUGGGAGAAAAAUUAACAGCAUAAAUUUUUGGUAAUGUGGUGGAAUCCUUCCUUCAAGGGGUUGUGGGUCUGUAAACUGGCUCAAGUCUGGGAAUUGAUUGAGGGGCCAUGACUCUCUGUUCUGCUGAUUCAAAUUAGACUGUCAUUCACUUGGCCUAGAAUUUUUUCACUUGUAUGAUUGUGUAAAUAUUUAGUAUACUUCCCAUCUAUUUUACUCCUAGGGACACCAUAACUAAGUAGCCUAUGCCCUAAGUCCAUACAAGUCAGACUAUUCUGACUACUGCUUUAACUCUGCUGUCCAUUACAGUCAUCACAACCACAUUGCCUUUGUCAAUUAAGUGCCACCACUUGGCCACUACCACCAUGGGAUCCAAUCAGCCCCAUUGUAUUUCCAUGUCUUAAUUCAGUUAGAGUAGUUGUCACUGUCAAAUCUGACUUACAUAAAAUAGCAUUCACAGUAGUCUUCAAGGAUGCUGGUUCUCCCUUCUCAAAUUUGUUCCUCACCAUUGUGGUAAAAGCUGUGUCCUUUGGGCACUCAAUGGGUGGGUCUGUUGGUCCAAUUUGAUAAAUCCAGUCUAACAUGCAAUUUCCCUAAGCCUUUGGAUACCUUCUUCUAUGGUAUACCAAGGUAGGUCUGGCAUUUCAACUUGAUUUAGUGAAGGCCACUGAUUAAUCCAUGCUUCAGUAAACCAAUCAAAUAAAUGAUUAGAUCCUUUUCUAACCUCUAGCCAUUUCCACACAUAUUCCUCAGAUUUCUGUUUGUAUACAUUAGAAAAAUCAAGCAUUUCUUUUGGAGUAUAGCAUACCUCGUCCUGGGUCACACUUUGUACUUCACCUCUUGGGGUUUGCUGGAACUUAAGUCUAGUUAUAGGUCUAGAAGCAAAAAUGGGUGGUGGGGGUGGGUCCUGGGCACAUUCAGCAAUAUCUUGUAAAGGAUUUGCCUUAGGUGAUGCCCCAGGCAAAGCCUCAGGUGAUAUCUCAAAGACUCUUUAGGCACAGCGGGGUUAAUCUCAUCAGAUGUGGGUGGAAGGCAUAAUGAUUUUACUGGGGAGGGUAGCUUAGCAGACAAAGAUGGAGUCAUCUCUUCAGAUGUAAGUAAGAGGCCUGGGUCUGUUGGCAGGAGUGAUUGAAUGGAAUUUAGGAGCUCAGUGUCCCCUGCUUUCUGAUUAUCUUUCCAUAUGUCCCCAUUCCAAGUUUCAGGAUCUCAUUUCUUCCCAAUCAAUGCCUUUUCUUUAACUGCAGACACCAUUCGAGGCUGGGAAUUCAAUUGGCGUUGUAACGCAGCCAAUUUUACAAAAAGACUCUGGGUUUGAUUUUCAGCAAUAUCAGCUCUGUUACUACAAGAAAUAAGGCUUUCUUUCAGGGCACAGAUGGCAACGUUAAAAUCUUUUAUGCAGCACUUCAGCUGUAACUCUGAAGCCCUGAGCUCAUUUUUUUCUCUCACCACUUUGUCUAGUGAAAGCAGGACCAACCAAGAAGCCUCCCUAUACUUCUCAUUCUGACAAAAUUGUAGAAAAAGUAUCAAAUAUGCAAUCAUCCAGAGCCUUGUCUGUCAUAAGUAUUUGAUCUAUUGGUGGUGAUAUAUUGCAUAUUUCUGGAUUAGCCAUGGGUUAGCAGUGCCUUCUUUAUUACUGGAGGCAGAGUCAUCAGCCCCUUUAAGACUAGCCAGACUUGAGAACCAAUUCAGAAAACUCGUUCUUAGGAUUUUGUUCCUCUAGAACCACUCUCAGUACCAAAUGUCUUAUGCUGGGUUCUCUAGAGGAGCAAAAUCAGUGAAGUAUAUACAUAUUUAUUUCAAGGAAAUGGCUCACACAAUUGUGGAGGCUGGCAAGUCCUAAAUCCAUGGGUCAGAGAUUGGGCUGAAGGCCUCUCCUGAUUCAUGUAGUUGCAAGGACUGACGAACCCAAAAUCAGCAGUUCAGACAGCAGAGAGAGUGAGCUUUGCUGGACAUCCAUAUAUAUUGGAUGCAAACCACACUCCCAAGGAAAAUCCCUUUUCAACUGAUUGGCUGCUCACAUCAGAUCACAAAAUGGAAGAUGAUUAUAAAAUAUCUGCCAAGCCACUGAGAAUCAUGGCCUAGCCAAGUGGACACAAAACCUUAGCCUUCACAAAAUGAAAAAAAGAUUAAAGGGAUAACCCUGGACACCCUUAAUUUGGUACUGAAGUCACUCUUGAGGUUCACCGGUCAGCCAAAGAUUGGACAGGUCUAGGUGUAUAGGGUCAACAAUAACACAGGCGAGGUGUGUGCUUCGUAGUUCAAUCGUGUAUGCAAGACUAAUGGGCACACCAGGCCAAAAUCAAAGAUGAGAAGGCAGGAAGGGACAGGAAACCUAGACGAAUGGAAAUAGGGACCUGGGGUGGAGAAGGGGAGAGUGUUUACAUGUCAUGGGGUUGGGCAGCCGAUGUCACAAAACAAUUUGCUUAUUACCUGCUUAAUGAGAAACUAAUUUGCUUUGUAAACUUUCAUCUAAAUUAUAACAAAAAGUAAAUAAAACGAACAUAUUCUAAAAAACAAAGAAGAUUAAAGGGAUAAAAAGAAAGGAGGAUGGGGUGAGCAUCACAGAAGGAUGAGUAUAUGAGCCCACCCUGGCCCCCUGGAAUUUACGCUCAGAAAGCCCUGGAGUGCCUAUCCUGGCUCAUCUAACAUGGGGCUGAGAACUUUUAGGGCCUUGGGACUCAGCAAGGCAUUAAAUUGAUAAUUGAGCACCUACUGUGUCCAGCCCUGGGCUUGGCACUUGAAAGAGAGGGAAGUGACACUGCCACAGACCUCAAGUUAUGGACAUUUCUUUAGAGACACAGAUCUUGUGAACAGAAAAGGAGACCUGACAGUUCAGGACAAGGCUCACUUGGGACCAGGAAUGGCCCUGGCGGAAGGGGCAGCCAUGGAAGCUCCCUGGAGAAGAUGGGAUCCGAGCUGGGAAGGAGUUCUGAUAACUAGGAAGGAGAGUGGGGAGGGAAGGGAGGAUAAGGACAAGAGUAUUUUGGUCAGUUAGUCCCAGGUUCAAAUCUUGUCUCUUCCACUGAUUUGCUGUAUGACUUGGGCAAGUUGUCUCUUUGGACCCUCAGGUUUCUCAUCUGUAAAAUGGGGAUGCUACUAGCUGACCUGACCUCACAGACUUGCUAGAAAGUUUCAAUAAGAUAAUAUUUGUGAAGUGCUUAUUAUAUGCCUGUUAUGUAAGGGGCACUUAAUAAGUGCUAGCUGAAAAAACUCUACAAAUCGAAACGUACUCUGAAGAAUGAAAGUGCCUCUGUCCUAUUCGUUCAGCUUCUCUGCUCUGCUCCCUGACCCGGAAGUACAGGCUGGGGCCUCUCGAGAGGGCAUCAGAGCCUUUGCCCUUUCAAAUGUCCCAGGUAUGGUCAGGGAAGAAGUAUUCUCACUUAAUCGAAAGCAGAACUUCUUGGAUUCACAUUGUCUUUCUUGGAAGGAGGAAGCUACCUCGGCUGCUUCAGGAAAUCCCCCUGCUCUGAGUCUGGGCCGCCAUGGGUCACAGUACAGAAGUUGAUAAGAUUAUAGGACUUUGGGACUCAAAGUUAUGGCCGCUCAGGAGCAGGGAAGCCCCUGGCUUGAUGUCAUCUAGGGCCCUUAAUCUGCCUUUUUUGUAACAUUGAGACAAUCCCACACUGGUAGGGACCAGGCAGGUGGCCUUGGGGGAAAAAAAGGGCUCAGUAGGAAAAUUCUUGGCUUCUUUCAUCUCCCUCUGAGAUGGUUCCAUCCCAUUGACUUUGCUCCAGGAUGAGCCCUUGUGCCCCAUAGCUGGACUGGGAAGGACAUUGAAAUGAACUUGUGAAUUCCCCUAUUUUAUUGGUAAGGAAACAGACGAGAGAGGGGAAGUGAUUUGCCCAAGGUCCCAUAGCCCAGCCCAGUCGCCUGGCUCCUAACGUUCCCUCAUUUCUUCUUGGUAUCUUGCUUGUGGGGCUAAGAUGAAGAGGUUUAAACAAGAGGAUGGAUUCAGAGGCCACUUCUUCCAGUUACAAUGUUGGCACCUGCCUGCUGGUUUGUUGCGAUUGUCAGUAGUUGUGUAUCCCAGGGAUUAUGCCUUAGCUCAGGGUGAUGAAUCUUCCCCGAAGCUGAGAUCAUCACCGCCAGGAGUGGGGCUUGGGCACAGUCCGCCAGCCCAGAUCCCUGAGCUCUGCACCCUGCCUGGCAGUGAACUCCACCGAUCUUCCCAGGCAUAUUAGGACCCAGUCAGGGGAUGGACAUCUGGGUGCCAGGAGCAAAGAGGAGAUUGAUUCUGUCCUUCCUUCAUUUCACGAGCAUUAGUUGAGCACCUGCUACACACCUGGGGCCAGGUGAGGCUCCGGGUUCACAUUCUUUUCUUACACAGAAAUUAAGUUUCUGAAAAGUGGUGGGUUGCUGAAAUCUAUGUAGGUCAACAUGAAUUUUCUUAUAAAGAAUUUUAAAAAAGCAGGAGGUAUAUUCUCAUGGGUUGAAAAGUACCAGCUAUGUUGUUUUAAAAACAAACAAAAAGAUUUUUUUGCUUUUGCCAGAUUACAUUAGUAUUAAUAGUAAAUAGUUUAUGAAAAAAAUGAGUAUACUAAGAUGUUCAUAAAUGAAACAAAUGACGGUCACUGUCCCCACCAGGUGCUCCACUUACAGGGUUAACCCAUGACCAUGAUUAGCUAUUCUCCAUUGUCUCCAUUAUAUUGAUUCUUGCUGACAAAAUCUUUGUCCCUUUCAGGGAGAUUCCAGAUCUAGCGCUUUUAAAACCCUGGUGGCCCUGCCAUGUCUUGGGUUUUUAUUGCAGGAAGCCUGGGUUGAUACUGGUGACCCAUCCCCUUUGUCACUGAGGGUCCUAGUGGUGACAGCAUUUCUUCUCCUUCUGGCUCCUCCCCCUGAUGUUGCAACACAUUUUCAACUCACAUGUUCUCCCAGAAGUUUUAUAGU